AUGGAGGAAGCGAUAGCAGCCGCCGAGGCUACCCUCGAGGCGCUGGUGAAGGCUGCCGAGGACUUCGCGGUUCCGCUCAUCGCGGAGCAGCGCGCGGUGCUCGCGGCCGCCGACGCAAAGGCGGCCGACGCGGCGUCUCCCGCGCGCGACGCGUUCGAAACCGUCCGGGCCGAGUUUGAGAAAAAGAUCGACGAGCUCGACGGCGCCCUCACCUCCGCGGUGGAGAAGGAGCGCGCCGAGAUCGCCGUGGUGGCCCGAGCCGCUCGCGAGGAUCCAUUCGCCGAGGAUGAAGACGCGGAUGUGGCCACCAUCGUCGCGUCCGUCUUCGAUCCAGCGCGGGAACACCUCGGCGAGCGGCUCAGAAACUCGAGAUCGGCGGCCGAGAAGAUGCUGCAGUGGCUCGAGCGGCGCGCGCCGGACCUCGACCGCGCCGCGACCGACGCCGCGUCUAAGGCCGCCGACGCCGGGGAUGGGAUCGACGACGACUCCGGCAAGCACGAGGACUGGGCCGCGGACGAAGAAUCCGACCUGGAGGAUCUCCCCCCGCUCGGCGGGGAUUGGGCCGAGGACGACGAGGACGACCUGCCCCCGCUCGAGGGCGAGUGGCAGAAGGACGCCGAGGCGGGCCCGAGCCCGACCCCACCGUCCCCGAAGAAGAAACCCGCGGCGUUCAAACCACGAGACGCCUCGCCGCCGAGAGGCAACGCGUGGGGACACGCCCCCCCGGCUCACGGCCGCGAUCGAUCAGACGCCGGACAUCGGAUGGGUCCCGCCGCGGGCCGCGACGUAGACCUCCGCGAUCGGCUGGGCGGCGGCGGAUCGCGCGACUACGGCGGCGACCGCCGCUCGUCGUUCGACCGCGGCGGGGAUUACGGGCGCGAUCGGGGCGGGGGAGGCUUCCGGGACUCCUGGGGCGCGCCGGGUGGCGGGUAUAGGGACGACCGACGCGGCGGCGGCGGCGGCGGCGGCGGGCACAGAUCCGAGUACAUCGAGCGCAUGGAGAGGAAGUACGGGCGCGUGGACGACGGUCCGCCGCCUCGUUCUACGAUGAGGGAUCGAUCGCCGCCGAAACCGCCGCCCGAGGUGCAUUACCCCACCCGCGACGAGCAGCGAGCGGAGGCUAAGGCUCGGGAGGAACGCGCCGCGUGGAGGCUGGCCACGCGACCGCUCAAGGAGUUCUUCGCCAACGCGAAGAAGGGCGAGGGUAUCUCCCCGUCCACGAUCCGCGAGCUGCUCAACGAACUCUCCGAACCCCCCUUCGCGGAGGGGCGACUCGCGCCCAACGCUCGGAAAGCGUUUGAACUCGUAGCCGCGUCCGCCAAGGAGACGGGCAGCAAGCGAACCUUCGAGGAGGUCGAGGAGCUCGUGCGAGGGGUCGUCAACCCGCUGUAUCACCUGCUCACCUACGGCGUCAAGGCUCCCGGCGCCGAGGGCGGUGGGCCGCCGUCCUCCGUGGCGGAGACGAUCGCCGAGCAGAUGCACACGGCGGCGGUUAAGCUCCUCGCCGCGUCGCUGGACAUCCUGUCAAAGGGUGACGCGACCAAAAAGGCGGUGGAAUCGGCGAAGGGAAUCGUCAUCGUGCGCGAGCAGGUGGCCGCGAAGCUCGCCGGCCGCGCCCCGGGCGGCGGCAGGGGAGACAAGGAGACCACCGUGACGCGCCGAGAUUCCGUCGACGGAAGGGGCCACGGCAAGGGGUCCGCCGCCAACAAACCGGCGCAGGCGAGCGGCACGGACGCCGACCGGUGGGACCGCAAGAAGGACGGUCGCCCGACGCCCAGCCCGGAAGUGUACCGCGCUCCCAGGGGCGGCGAGAAAGGCGUCGGCGUGAUGGCCAGGCUCGGCGACAAGAACGAUUCGUCGUCCCCGGCCAACGGCGUCAAGCCUCGCGCGGUUCCCAAGGUUGUCAUACACCGGCCCUUCUCCGAGGGUAAGCAGCGCGAGCUCACGCCGUCGCCGGCGCAGCAGGGACAGGGAGAACGGGGCGGAAAGCCCAAGCCGUCGCCCACCCCGCCGCAGCAGGGGCAGAAGCUCUCGCCGUUCGAGCGCGGCCCGGCUUCCGCCGCGAGUCAGGCGCUGGGCAAGUCGCCCCCGAGCGCGAGAGGCGGCGUGUUCGCUCGGCUCGAGGGCAAACCCAAGCUCCAGGGUUUGGGCAAGUCCGACCUACCCGCGCCCAAGCCGGACGCCGCCAAGGAGCUGCCGCAUCCCAAGUCCACGGAGAAGGAGCUGCCGCAUCCCAAGCGCGUCGUCGUCGUUCACAAGCCGAAUGAGCCGAACGACCACAAGGAGUUACCGCACCCAAAGCCGGCUCCGAAGCCAAGGGAUCCGCCCGCGCCCCCCGCCAAGGGCGCCCGGGGCGACAAGGAGAAACCCGCCAAGCAGAGGGACGCCCUCGACGACGCCCUCGACGAGGAGCUCGCGAAGGCGACGAAGGGAAAGAAGGGCGGGCGCACCAAGGGCGGAUCGGACCGCCAAGGAGCUCCGAGUGAGCCGCACAAGGAGCUCCCGCAUCCCAAGCCCGCCGCGCCCGCCCCCGGCUCUGAGAAACCGCACCCGGUCCCGGCGCCCAGGCCGGUGUCCGCGCCGGACUCCGAGUCCGCCAAGCAGCUCCCGCACCCGAACAAGCCCCCGGUGCCCAAAGGGAACAACGGGCGGUCCCCGAUCCCGGCGCCCAAGCCCGCGACAAACACAAACACGGGUGGAUCGUCAGUCGGCGGCCGGCCGGGGUCGGGGAAGGCCCGCAACGAGUCGGCGUCGCCGCCGCCCCCCAAGGAACGCGACGAGCUGGACGACGUGCUAGACGCCGAGCUCGAGAAGGCGAUGGGCGGAGGAGGCGGAGGUAAGCGGCGACCUCGCGGCGGGCGCGGGUCCAGGGGUGGCGGGAAGUGA